GCGGGGGGCCGGCCGGCCGCGCCCGGCUGCUGGCCGUGCUGCUGGCAGGGCUGCUCGGCGGGGCGCGGGGCUUCGGCGACGAGGAGGAGCGGCGCUGCGACGCCAUCCGCAUCGCCAUGUGCCAGAACCUGGGAUACAAUGUCACCAAGAUGCCCAACCUGGUGGGGCACGAGCUGCAGGCGGACGCGGAGCUGCAGCUCACCACCUUCACCCCCCUCAUCCAGUACGGCUGCUCCAGCCAGCUCCAGUUCUUCCUGUGUUCAGUCUACGUCCCAAUGUGCACAGAGAAGAUUAACAUCCCCAUAGGUCCCUGUGGUGGCAUGUGCCUCUCUGUCAAAAGAAGAUGUGAACCCGUUUUAAAAGAAUUUGGAUUUGCCUGGCCAGACAGCCUAAACUGCAGCAAAUUCCCACCCCAGAAUGAUCACAACCACAUGUGCAUGGAGGGCCCAGGAGAUGAAGAGGUUCCCCUUCACAGCAAGACCUCCUUGCAGCCUGGAGAAGAGUGCCACAGCAUGGGGUCUAACUCAGAUCAGUACAUUUGGGUGAAGAGAAGCUUGAACUGUGUCCUGAAAUGUGGCUACGAUGCUGGUCUCUACAGCAGGUCAGCUAAAGAAUUCACAGAUAUCUGGAUGGCUGUGUGGGCCAGUCUUUGCUUCAUCUCAACUGCCUUCACGGUCCUGACCUUCCUGAUUGAUUCAUCCAGAUUUUCCUACCCGGAGCGCCCAAUCAUAUUUUUGAGCAUGUGCUACAAUAUUUAUAGCAUUGCUUAUAUUGUGAGGCUAACUGUGGGCCGGGAAAGGAUAUCCUGUGAUUUUGAAGAGGCAGCAGAACCUGUUCUUAUCCAAGAAGGUCUUAAGAACACAGGAUGUGCUAUAAUUUUCUUGCUGAUGUACUUUUUCGGGAUGGCUAGCUCCAUCUGGUGGGUUAUUCUGACACUGACGUGGUUUCUGGCUGCAGGACUCAAGUGGGGCCACGAAGCUAUUGAAAUGCACAGCUCGUAUUUCCACAUUGCAGCCUGGGCUAUCCCGGCGGUGAAGACCAUCGUCAUUUUAAUUAUGAGACUAGUAGAUGCAGAUGAGCUCACCGGCCUUUGCUAUGUUGGGAACCAGAACCUGGACGCGCUGACAGGCUUUGUCGUCGCUCCGCUUUUUACCUACCUGGUCAUUGGGACUUUAUUCAUUGCAGCGGGACUCGUGGCCUUAUUUAAAAUCAGGUCUAAUCUCCAGAAAGAUGGAACUAAAACUGACAAACUGGAAAGACUAAUGGUCAAAAUUGGUGUCUUUUCAGUGCUGUACACCGUCCCAGCAACAUGUGUCAUCGCCUGUUAUUUCUAUGAAAUCUCCAACUGGGCCAUUUUCCGCUAUUCAGCAGAUGAUUCCAAUAUGGCAGUGGAGAUGCUCAAAAUUUUCAUGUCCCUUCUGGUGGGUAUUACAUCAGGUAUGUGGAUCUGGUCAGCCAAAACUCUGCACACGUGGCAGAAGUGCUCGAACAGACUGGUGAACUCAGGGAAAGUGAAACGGGAGAAGAGAGGAGAUGGUUGGGUGAAACCCGGAAAAGGGAACGAGACUGUGGUCUGAGAAAAGACGACACCCCAAUGGUCUGACUUCUCUCCUGUGAAGGACUGAUGGUGUGUAAGCAUUGCCAUGUAAAUUUUGGGAAUAGAAUAGGGAGACGGUUACACAACCUUUCUCUGGGGGAUUAAAAAAAAAAAAAAAAAGCCUUAAAGAAUAAACAGCAAAAAGAUCACGCUGCAGAUACAAUAG